AUGGCUACUACUACGAGCCAACCGUUUCAAGAAGGGAAGCAGCACCUGCACCUGCACCAUGGUGGCCGUGCUCUUCCUUCAGUGUACGGAGGAACGGCUCUGCGGCCGGCCAGCUCGGCGCCGCCGCCUCUGCCCAGGCUGGAGAUGCCGUCGUCGUCGCGGAGGUCCGCGCAGCAGGCCCUCAAGAUCCACAGCGAGGCCGAGAGGCGGCGGCGGGAGAGGAUCAAUGCUCAUCUCGCCACGCUGAGGAGAAUGAUCCCUGAUGCUAGGCAGAUGGACAAGGCCACCUUGCUAGCCCGGGUGGUUUGCCAACUCAAGGACCUCAAGAAGAAAUCGGCCGAAACCACCACGCAGCCACCACUAGCCACUAUCCCCGCGGAGGCCAACGGGAUCGCCGUCCACUGCUACACCGGCGAGGCCGCCGUCACCGGCUACGGCUACGGGAGGCCGCCGCGGGCGACGUACGUCAGGGCCUCGGUCAGCUGCGACGACCGCCCGGGACUCCACGCCGACGUCGCCGCCGCGUUCCGCGCCAUGAGGCUGAGGCUGCUGAGAGCGGACGUGGCCGCCCUGGGAGGCAGGGCUCAGUGCGACUUCCUGCUGUGCAGAGACGAGGACGAAGGCGUGGUGACGAGCGCCGGCGGCGGCGGCCGCGUGCUGAGGGCUCUCGAGGAGGGCGUCAGGCAGGCGCUGGCCAGGGCUGCGUUCCCGGAGACGACGCCGUACGGAUGCAACGCCACUAGGAGCAGGAGGCAGAGGCUUGUGGGAUCAUCGCACUGUGUACUGCUUGGUCAUGGUCACGGACUCCAUGUCGGUGAGCAUGGAUGGUAG